CUUGGCAGGUGCAUUGGAAAACCGCAGGACAGGCCUGUGCCGGCCGCUUCCCAAGCCCUUCCUGCUGCACUCAAUACCUGGAUGAAACAAAGGAAAUUGUGUUUGCCGGGCUGGCGAGCCGAAGUCACGAGAUUCAGUCUCAUGCAGCAUUCUGGAAUGCCUGUGAAAGCUCCCCGGGAGGCGCGUGUGACCGGCCGUGCAGGACAAGCGCCUCGCUGCACUUUUCACAUAACAACCUUUAGAACCGAGCUGAAAAACCAUGUGAUGGUCAUGGAUUUGGUCCAAAGUAACUGGUUCCCCUCCCAGAGACGAGCCCAAGUUUGUGUGGUCCAUAUGUGCCCAGGCCUGAAGACCUCUGAGCAGCCAGCCAGCAGAUACGAGAUCCACAGUAGACUUUUCUCACCCCCCAAAGAUGACUCUGCCUGGGAAAGAAAUAAAAAUCUUUCAAACACAGGAUUUCUGGAUAACCAUUAUAGUGCAAACAAUCAGAUUGCCCUUAAAAAUCUCCAGUCUGAUGUUACAGAGACGAAAUCGGACAUCACCAAGGAGACUCUGGCAUCACAAAACACAAACAUGAUCUCAUCUCUGGUCAUUUCACAGCUGAUGGAUGAGAAGAAAUCGAAGGAAAACGGGGCCUUGUCACGUGCAAUAGCUCAGCCUCGGUUGUGUCCCACGAAGCCAGCUUUGGCCAACCACAGCGCAGUGAGCAUUCACAGGUCAUUUGCUUUACCUCCCGACAGACUGGGAAUUCCAAGUCCCGAUGAACGAGGACUGGGAACAGUACUGCCAGCCAAAGAGGACAGCCUUGGCAGAGGCCCCAGCAGGGGGUUCGCCUCCAUCACCAUAACAGCCCGGCGUGUGGGCCCCCCGACCAGCGCUUUAGUGUGGGGCACUGCUGGAGACCCAGGGUGCCUCAAGUGCAGGAGCAAGGACGCGGUACUCCAGGUUCCUCCAACCCUGGCCAGUGGCUUCCACGCGCGUCAUCAGUACAGUGGACCUGGUGCCUGUGCUGGGUUCCCUAGAAAUGGCUCCGUGGUAAGGCUGAAGGUGCCCCAGUGCCCCACGAGGCUGCGGGCAGGGCACGAGUACUGGGUCACCCACCUGGAUAACAAGGAAGACGUGGUUUCUUCAAACAGCCCACCAUCAAGAAAGAGCCCAUUGGUGUUCAGUUCCUGUGUCCACCUGAGGGUGUCACGCCAGUGUCCCAGCGCAAUUUACUAUUUGGACAAGUCUCUGUGGGUCCCUCUUGAGCAGCCUCGAAUAGCCAGCCCCGAAGUGCACAGAUCUGUCCUGUCGCUCAACCUCCGUUGUAGUUCCCACAGGUUAACAGCAGAUGGAGUCGGCAGCAUAGCCAACGGAGAGCCAAUGAGCGGAGAGCUGAAGCAGGAGACCCGGGAGGGGAAACAGGACCUCCAAGGCCUGCCGCACAGCCACUGGAAGGAAAACCCAGCACUGGAGAGGGUACAUUUGGAGCAUGGCACAUGCCCUUGGAUUGGCUCUCCUCCAUUGGAAAGUGUAGAGUUUGCAGAUGCUGGAAGUAACCAGGUGAUGGUAAGGGAAGAGCGAGAGGACCAUGCAACUGGUCAAGCCAGCAGCCAUGCCAGCCAACUGUCCAUCCACAUUCCUGGCUGGAGUUACCGGGCGGUAGAAACAAAAGUAUUUUCUGGAAGCAGCAAGGAGCAACAAGGAGAAGCGCACGUGAGACUACUUGCUUCCUCAGUGGAACAGACGCCCAUUAAACACUUCUCUCCCGAUGGGGACAGUUCACCAAGCAAUGACUGUCAGUCUAGCAACCUUUCUGAGCCUUCAGAGAGACGGCAUCCGCGCUUGCUGAGACCCAGAGUCACAUUGCCAGGGUUUCUUUGUCCCUUACGAGACUCGGGCACCUCUCUGCAGGAGGACAGAGCUGUUCAGAUAGAAAGACAGUUCCCUGAAGGAGACUACACAUGCUGUGACUUGGUUGUAAAAUUAGAGGAAUGUAAGAAGAGUGAAGAUCCCAAGAUGUCUGAUCCCUCACCAGUACCCCCAGCUCCAGCACCCCCAGAUGGACCAAGGACCCCUUAUCUGUUGGAAGAUGAUUCUGAGCCUCAGCCUCCGCUAGGAAGCUCCAUGACGUUGAAGGAAGCACUGGAGGUCCGGAAGCCUCAGUUCAUUUCUCGCUCACAAGAGCGGCUGAAAAAGCUGGAGCACAUGGUGCAGCAGAGGAGAGCGCAGCAGGAGAGCCUGGGGCAGCGGCAGAGCACCCCGCCCGCCCGCGCCAACAGGAAGCAGUUCACCGUGCCCCAUCCUCUUAGCGACAACUUGUUCAAACCCAAAGAAAGAUGCAUUUCAGAGAAGGAGAUGCAUAUGCGAUCUAAAAGGAUCUAUAACAACUUGCCAGAAGUUAAAAAGAAAAAGGAAGAGCAGAAGAAGCGGGUGAUCCUGCAGAGCAACCGACUCCGUGCUGAAGUCUUCAAAAAGCAAUUACUGGAUCAGCUCCUACAAAGGAACGCCGUCUGACCCCAGGCUUCCCGUGGAGCACAACCUGAACCCGAGAAGACUUCAAACUCUGGACAAGCCAUUAAACGUUGCAUUAUCUUCACGACAUGAAAACAUUUCAUUUACUCUUGAUUUUUUUCACAAAGGAGGCAUCACUUCCUCAAUGUCCCAAACAAGCAGAAACAGUAAUCCUUGAAGCAACAGGUCAACGAUCUAUUAAGGGAAAAAUCAACUCCGUAUGACCCAUUAGAAUUAGUCCCUUGCAUUUUUUUUUGGGGGGGGGGCUUCUAAAUAAAUUCUGCCCGUUGUUUCUGAUGAAUCUGCCACAACAUUUCCAUGCAAGCAGAAAAGCUGUCCACACGUUCAGAUGUAUAUGGGGGUCGUUUUUCAGCUAAUUUUUGGGUCCCAAAUUCUAUCUUAUUUUAAUCCCAAGGGCUGCCAGCUCUGCAAAUUUCAAAUUGUCAUAGUAUGUUUUAAAAUAUAUACCCCAUAAUACUAGAGGCUGACUUUGAAAUGAGCAGGUGAAGAGGCAGAAAUCACAGAGCAAGCGGAGGAGGCCCCCGCCCCCCACUCCCACCUGCUCAGAGCACCUGUCCUUGCUGAGCCAUGUGUCUCUCAGCAGGUGCACUGAGGGCAGAACUGGCUGGACGUGUGGCAGCCAGCUGUAGUGCUUAGGGCACCACCCCUUCCCAGA